GGGGGAGGAGGCGGAGGAGGAGGAGGGACUGAGCGGCGGCGGCCCCCGCGUCCCGGUGCCUCUAUGGGGGAAGCAGACAAUGGAUUAUGAUUUCAAGGCGAAGCUGGCGGCGGAGCGGGAGCGGGUGGAGGAUUUGUUUGAGUACGAAGGGUGCAAAGUGGGACGCGGCACCUACGGGCACGUCUACAAGGCGAGGCGGAAAGAUGGAAAAGAUGAAAAGGAGUAUGCACUGAAGCAGAUUGAAGGCACAGGAAUAUCCAUGUCGGCUUGUAGAGAGAUUGCACUUCUGCGGGAACUGAAGCACCCCAAUGUGAUCGCGCUGCAGAAGGUGUUUCUUUCCCACAGUGACAGGAAGGUGUGGCUGCUUUUUGAUUAUGCAGAGCAUGACUUGUGGCAUAUUAUUAAGUUUCACCGUGCAUCAAAAGCAAAUAAAAAGCCCAUGCAGUUGCCAAGAUCCAUGGUUAAAUCAUUACUUUAUCAGAUUCUUGAUGGUAUCCAUUACCUCCAUGCAAACUGGGUGCUUCACAGAGACUUGAAACCAGCAAAUAUCCUAGUAAUGGGAGAAGGUCCUGAGAGGGGGAGAGUCAAAAUAGCUGAUAUGGGUUUUGCCAGAUUAUUCAAUUCUCCACUAAAGCCACUAGCAGAUUUGGAUCCUGUGGUUGUGACAUUUUGGUAUCGUGCUCCAGAACUUUUGCUUGGUGCAAGGCAUUAUACAAAAGCCAUAGACAUAUGGGCAAUAGGUUGCAUAUUUGCUGAAUUGUUGACUUCAGAACCUAUUUUUCACUGUCGCCAGGAAGAUAUUAAAACAAGCAAUCCCUUUCAUCACGAUCAACUAGAUCGGAUAUUUAGUGUCAUGGGAUUUCCUGCAGAUAAAGACUGGGAAGAUAUUAGGAAGAUGCCAGAAUACCCUACACUUCAAAAAGACUUUAGAAGAACAACGUACGCCAACAGCAGCCUCAUCAAGUACAUGGAGAAACACAAGGUCAAGCCAGACAGCAAAGUGUUCCUGUUGCUUCAGAAACUGCUUACCAUGGACCCAACCAAGAGAAUUACCUCCGAGCAGGCACUGCAGGACCCCUACUUCCAGGAGGACCCAUUGCCAACACUAGAUGUGUUUGCUGGCUGCCAGAUUCCAUACCCCAAACGUGAAUUCCUUAAUGAAGAUGAACCAGAAGAGAAAGGUGACAAGAACCAGCAACAGCAGCAGAACCAGCAUCAGCAGCCCACAGCCCCUCCCCAGCAGGCAGCUGCCCCUCCACAGGCGCCCCCACCACAGCAGAACAGCACCCAGACUAAUGGGACUGCAGGAGGGGCUGCAGCCGGGGUCGGCGGUGCCGGAGCAGGGCUGCAGCACAGCCAGGACUCCAGCCUGAGCCAGGUGCCUCCGAGCAAGAAGCCCAGGCUGGGGCCUUCGGGCGCCAGCUCCGGUGGGCCUGGCCUGCCCGCGGAUUAUCAGCACUCCAGCUCUCGCCUGAAUUACCAAAGCAACGUUCAGGGAUCCUCCCAGGCCCAGAGCACACUAGGCUACUCCUCGUCGUCUCAGCAGAGCGCACAGUACCACCCCUCGCACCAGGCCCACCGGUACUGACCAGCCUGAGCACAGGUCCCAGCAAUACUACAUUUGCAUCGAAAAGAACCCCAAAUGCCAACUCCGAUGCCAGUUGAAACUCACACUCUUGGGAAGAAAACUUUGUAUUCUGAGCGUGUUGCCAGACUGACAGCUCCCCUUUACCGCUGUGAAGUCUCCCCAGCACCCUCGCCCGCAUGCGAUCCAUUGUGACUUCUCCGAUGAAGUGGCUGAUGGGCUCCCAGCACUUCUGUACCCUUCGGCCCUGUUUUGAAGGAUUUCCUGGUGCACCUUUCUCAUGCUAUAGCAAUCACUAUGAUUUGUCUUUCAGAGCUCUUUUAAUAGGAUUUUAAUGUUUCAGGAACAAGAGUCCAGCAGUGUAUAGUUUUGUACUUGGUGAACUGGCUUAGCAACACAGGUGAGAAAGCACCUGUGAAAGUGCCACGUUGUUUUCACAGACUCUUAAGUGUUUUGCUCAUGGAAGUCUUAAGCAGAAGCUGUUACUGUCCCAAAGUACUGUCCUAUGGUAUUCUUAUUUAUCUAGUUUCAGGGAAGGUCUGAGAAAGACAAGUGGUGGGACAGAAGGACCUGCAACCCAAACCAGCCUGGAUCUGUGCAGUGACUGUGUUUUGUGCUAUGAAGAACUGAAGGAUGUGGUAAUUUUUAUAUAAUCACUCAUCUGGAACUAAGUUCCCAGAAUUUCCUUUAUUUUGAAUAAUAUUCAGCAAUGAAGAAUUAUAAUUUUUAACCUUCAUGUAGCCAAGUCUACUUUAAAAAGGGUUUCAAGAGCUUUGAUGAAAUCCAGUCUGCUGGUGACCCCCACCGGAAGCCUGCCUGAGAGAACCUUGGCUGCACUAGGGUUUCUCUCUCUGAGGAGUGAUGUUGAUCAGAGGAUGCGUUCCUCCCCUGGAAGGAUGUCUUUCAGUGUGUGUUCUACAGAGCCGGCUUCUCUGAAGAACUGAGGGUGUCUUCACAUCUGGGUCUGUGUAACUCUCGCACAUAAUCAAGGCUACUCAGCUAGAGGCCUGCACAUGAACCUGCUUUUAAAACAAAGAACAGCGUUCUCCAUUCGUACUUGCAUUCGACACAGAGUGACUAUAUUUUAAAGCAUGUUAAAAUUUUAGGUUUUAUCCAUGUUUAAGGACGUAUCAUAUAUGCAUCAUUUUGCUGUUGUUACUGCAACUUAAUUCUAUCAAGAAUCUUUCCAUUGCACUGAAUGCUUUUGUUUGCCCCUAGGAGAAAACCUAAUAAUUGUGCCUAAAAACUAUGGGCAGAUACUAUAAGACUAUCCUAUAAGACUAUACUAGAUAAGGUGACUAUUUGCAUUUCCAUUCUCUAUGAAUUACAGGCUGAGUUGUUUCUUAGGGGAAAUGAGAAGACUUAGGGCUCCCAUUGUAAUGUAAGGGGCAAGACAUUGGUGUUCCUCUCAAUGCUCCUAGCAGCACCAGCCUUGUUGUACGUGUCCUCUUGAGCUAGAAGAAAUAGCUGAUUGUGGUAUAUGCAAGCUAUAUGCAUUUUUUUAAACUAUUCUUUGUGAACUUAUCUACCUGGUUAAGAUACUCUGGGUCCAUAUACAAGUAACAUAAGAUUUUAGACAGAAGCCAGUAUACAUUUUGCACUAUUGAUGUGAUACUGUAGCCAGCCAGGACCUUACUGAUCUCAGCAUAAUAUUGCUUAUUACCAAUAAUAAAGACUAUAAAGGCACUCAUGAAGACUGAAGGCAAAACAGGUGACAUGCUCCAUUGGAAGGAAUUUCUGAUCAUCUCCAGGGUCUUUGUACCCCUUCUACUUUUCAAAAUAGGAGGUGAACAGCCCACUGCCUAGUGUCACUCCCUGUGGAAGCCCUGCCCCGUGCACGGAGACCUCACUCUUCUGAGCAGCCGGCCGUCAGGUGCUCACUGCACCCCCACCACGUGCCCACACAGAGGGCAGGACCCAAUUCCCGUCUGUGAGGAGCCUAAGGUGGAUUCCACCACCGUGAGCUCUCCUGGAAUGUCUAUGCCAAGUGAUCAAUAGACUGUGAGGGUCCUUUUGUUUACUCCUUAAACCCACUUGGACAGUAAUUAUUUCAAAUUCUGUUCUGCAGUCAGCAGUGUGGGAGAAGGGUUUCCGUGUCUGUCUCGAGAAAGUGGUUAAAUAUCACAGGAGGCACCUGUGUCUAUUUAUAAUGGUCACAGCAGCCACAGUCUGGGGGCUUUCUGGCGGAAACUGCUCUACUGAGUGGCUCUGGGAAAAUAUAGCGAGAACAGAAACUCUGUUCCUGCCCUUAAGGAGAGCACACAUUUAAUAAAGGAAGCCCAAUGCAAGUCUGUACAUAAACCAAAACGCCAUGCCCGCUAGUAUUUUAUAAGCCACUUUGAUAUCUUGCUCUUCUACCCCAUGCUUGUGCAGCCACGGGACCGCCCUGCUCCCCUCGUGUGUAAUGAACUGUACUGGCAGAACUGAUGCGAACUCUUGGUGAGACGUCAGCAGUUGCUGUCAGUACCAGGACCUAGGCAGAGCUCCCAUUCCACACACGAACAGGGGUCUUAUCACUGCACUGCACUGGCCCUCUUCCUUUUCUUGCCUCAGGGUUGGAGACGCCCACUGGUGCCCACUAGCCUCUGAAAUAAUCGUGUUUCAUAAUUUCCCUGCUCCGUAAUGGGAAGCAGAGCCCUUAGCACACAUAAGGGCCCUAAAACCGCAGGACCUCUAAGGGGACCCGCGAAGCUUUUUGAGGGGAAAAUUCAUUUUUGUGGGUCCCUCUUUGAAAACGUGUCAGAUCCUAUGAAGUCCCCAAGGGUUGCAGGAAGGCAUCCCUUACUUAGCCUGUGGGGACAGCAAAACCAGGAGAGGUUACUGAAAGGAAGGGGUGGACCCAAGGGAAGGCGUUUCCGCUCUGCACGUUACAAAUACGUGUUAGAGGUGGCUUGCCGGUGAGGCAUGUGUUCGGGAGAAAUCGAGGGUUUCUGGACAGAUGAGCCCACGACGAGGUAGUUGGGGACAGGGCUGACCCUGUGAGGCAGAAACAAUCCUUGUAGUGAAGUAGAUCGUGUAGUGACAUGCAGAAACCAAGGACAUGUAUAUUUUUAUAUCUGUGGUUUUUGGACUUUAGUACUUAGAAUUUCGGCCUUCCGCACUGCUCCUUUGCUCUUACAGACAGGAUUUACACUUAAUGGAAAGGGACAGCAGUUAACCUAGCCGUUCACUGCCCCCUUCCUGGCGAAGCAGCUGCUCCUCGUUCUCCAUGCCUCUGGAACAAAGCCGUUUCCUCUGCUAGAGGUCAAGGACAAGUAGUUGGCAUGUAGGACACGCAGCUCCACCUGCCUGGGAGUACACUGAUGUAGCAGAAACUACGAUGAAGGAAAGAAGAAUUCUAUGUAAGUUGCAAAUCCCAAGCGCCCCGGUGGUGUCUUCCUGGGUUACGGGAGAGGCAGUGGAACGGUAGUCAGACUAGCUGAGGUUUGAAAGAUUCAACUACAAGUAAUAUUUUAUAUAAAACCUAGCAAUUUAGGUUCCCCUAAUCAUGAAGAAUACUCAUAAGUAUCUCAAAAAAAUUUCCUUGUUUUAGGACUUUAAAAAAAAAAAAAGUGUCGUACCUAAGGCCAUACUUACUCUUCUAUGCUAAUCCCUGUGAAGGAGUGCUAUGUAUUAUAUGAAAAAAAAAAUCCUUAAUGCACUGUUAUCUCCUAAAUAUUUAGUAAAUUAAUACUAUUUAAUUUUUUUAAAGAUUUGUCUGUGUAGACACUAAAAGUAUUACACAAAAUCUGGACCGAAGAUGUCCUUUUUAACAACAGUUUAAAGAACUUUUUAUAUAUGUUACGUAGUGUAUCCUUUCUAAACGGCCUGGUUUGUAUUUUCUAUAAUUCCUGUUUGUGAAGUGUACUCGUCCUUGUCUUUCUUCAGUCAUUUUCUGCACGCUUCCCUCUUUACAUGAUUAUAGAGAAGACCGUAGCUCUCCCCACUUGGCUGCAAUCCGUGUGCUUGCUGACUGCGCCCCAGUGAGGCCCACUCCGUGGGGUGCAGGAGAAGCUGCCACGUGGAGCUGAGUGUUUCCCACCUUUGAGUUGUCCUGACUUCCUUCUUGAAAUGACUGUUAAAACUAAAAUAAAUUACAUUGCAUUUAUUUUAUAUUCUUGGUUGAAAUAAAAUUUAAUUGACUUUG